GUCCUAGAAACGUUUGCUGGGCGCCUGAUUAAAGUGGGUGUUUUAGCAAGGCGGGAUAUCCCCACUCUUACCAAGUACCAGCUCAUCCUGGCGAGAGACCAGUAUAGGAAAAACCCGCCUUCACAGAACGCGGGAUUACACCCAGGCGUAAUUGAAGGAGAUUUUGCGCUUUGUAUCAGUUUGUAUCAUGGGUAUGAGCUGCUGCUGCAAAUGGGGUUACGGUCAUUGUUUAUCUACCUUUGUGGAAUUAUGGACGGAUCAAAAGGGUUAACCCGUACGAAGAAUGAACUUGGUCGCAAUGAGGACUUCACGAAGCUCUAUCAGCAGCUUAGCGACAUGUUUUCAGACACAUCUCUGCCUACAGCAAACGGAAAAGCUUACAAGAGGUUUGAAAAUAAGAAGGAAUUUAUCUACAGUCAUCCAAAAUUAAGGAAAUUGGAGGAAAUUGUAAUAGAACACUUCAGAUCCUGGAACAAAGGAUUCCCAACUGAAAGCAGAGCUGUGGACACCAGGGUGAUGAUCUUCUCGUCGUUUCGAGAUAGCGUGCAGGAAAUCGCAGACAUGCUUUCCCGGCUCAGGCCACUGGUCAGAGUGAUGACCUUUGUUGGCCACUCCACAGGGAAGAGCACAAAAGGCUUCACACAAAAGGAACAACUUGAGGUGGUAAAACGCUUCCGUGAAGGUGGGUAUAACACGCUGGUCUCCACCUGUGUUGGGGAAGAAGGCUUGGACAUUGGAGAAGUGGAUCUCAUCAUCUGCUUCGACGCCCAGAAAAGUCCGAUUCGCCUCGUGCAGAGGAUGGGCCGAACGGGGCGCAGGCGGCAGGGCAGGAUCGUGGUCAUCCUCGCCAAAGGGCGGGAGGAACGUACCUACAACCAAAGCCAGUCCAACAAAAGGAGCAUCCACAAAGCCAUUGCAGGAAACAGAGCGCUGCAUUUCUACCAGCGUAGCCCACGUAUGAUUCCGGCAGGCAUCAAUCCAAAGAUGCAUAAAAUGUUUAUCACUGCUGAAAAAUACGAACCGAGCGAUUCGAGAAUGCUUUCCAAAGAGAGAAGACCUAGUUCCCUCCAGCACAAAUCUGCUCUCUUUUCCUAUGUCACGG